UUGUCAAGUUUAGUGGACAGUUUGGUGUGCUGAAGAAGCUUGGUGGGAAAACCGAUGGAUGGAGUACGAUUCUCAUGCACAUGAUGUCCGCGCGUCUGGAUGCAGAUACCAAGCGGGAAUGGGAGCGUGAAGGAGAGCUGAAGAAGGUGCCGACGUACACUCAGCUGGUCGAUUUCCUGAAGAAGCGGAUUUCCCAGCUGCAGUCGGCUGAAAUCGACUCGAUUCCACGGAAUUCCAAGCCUUCGUCGAGAGCGGUCCACACUACAACGACGUCAGCGAGGUGUUCGUGCGUAGUUUGCGGUGGAAACCAUCAGCUGUUCUACUGCGACAAGUUCCGGAGUUUCACUGUGGCUGAACGAGCUGCACAGAAAAAAAAUCGGGUAAAUUUACAUCAUUUAUGAUGUACCAAAAGUGCACGUCAUUAAUGAUGCGAAUUUACAUCAGUUUCAUUGUAAAUUUAAGUGCCUUCCGAUGUAAUCGUGCGGAACAAAAAGCGCUUUGAAAACAUGUAAAUUUCCGAUGAAAUCUACGUAAAUUUACCCAAGUUAAAAUUUUUUUUGCUCCGUUGAAUCUGAAAUCCGAUGUAAUUUUCAUUUUCAUGUUUUUCAUGCUGUGCUCAAAUGCUGCUCCAGAUGAAAUGUUUUUUUGUUUUAAUAAAAAAACAAUCUUACAUUUCAACGAAAAGCCUUUAAAUCAAAGCAUAAAAAUCAAAUAAUUUGAAAACAACAUCAAACUCCACAUCCAACAGAGCGACUCAAAACCAGUAGGUAUUUUUUGAAAAUAACCGUAUUUUUCUCUGAAUCAAUCAUGGAAAUGCCCAAACAAUUGUGAAUUCCCUUAAACACUGUCAUCAACCGACGCGAAGUCACAAGCCGUCGGUUCUCUCGAUAUGAUAAUGCUGUUCGCUGUUUUCUACUUGUUUGUUACCUUCCUGAACGUGUUGAGCUAGCCCAACUCCUUCAUUUGAUGUACAGCUCCACCAGCAUUCAAGAGCAAAGCAUCAAAUGCUUACUCUGAUCGUCACCGCUUAUCUGGAACUUGCUGCCAGCCGCUUACAGAUCGUGUCCGCGUCAUGAACUUGAAUCUGCUUCCCAUAGGCAAUCAAACGUCAAAAUUACCCCCCACUAGAGGGCGCUCAAACUUGGGGUGAUGUUUUCAUUAUAACCUACAGCGAGUAAAUUGAUUUGAAAUUUGAAAUUGUUUUAUUUCAUCAUAAAAUCGACAUUAAUAGCAAAUUAUACCAUUUUCAGGUAAGAAAUAAUUAGCUUAAUUGAUAUAAACGAAAAUAUUUGUGUGAUGGUCGAUUUAACCUGUUCAUUAUCUGAUUCAAAAUAAGGGAAUGUUUUAAUCAACCAAAACAUAAUUAAUCAAUUGAGAAUGUAGAUUAUUCAAGUGGACAAUUAUUUUUAAAAGUCACUUCUACCAUAAAAGCAAAGAUCUGCUUGAAAAAUGAUAAUCGGAUUGAUUUUCAAAAUUAGCGGAUCGUCAAAAAACAAAACGAAACCAAGAUAUGCCGAUUUUUGAUGUAACAAAAUCUUCCACCCUGUGCAAGAUCCCGAUCGGUUUCGAGGUUUCGCCACUACUGGCCACCGGAGUCGACGUCAUGGCCUUCCGCAAACGCUUCCACCCGAUCAAUUGUUUCUCCGGACACUUCCGACUAAGCUAACAGCGACGAACAUAAAAUUUUCACUAACUAACAACGGACACGGUCGCAGUAGGCGGCACCUUUCCAAAUGUUUAUAAAUAAAACGUGACGUUUGCACUCAAUGAAAUGGCAUACUGAUAGACCGGCCGAAGCAAAUGUUGGAUUUUUUGUCGGAGUUUACUUUACCCAAUUUUGGGUGGAUCUAAUCUUGAAACAAAAAAGUAUUUCUAGAUUAAAUUUUCAAAACAACCUAUCCCUCAUGGGUUUCCUAUGCAGAUAGGACCUUUUGAAAAUUUAAUCUAGAUUUUGAAUAUUUUUCAAUGGAUUGGUACUUGAUCUCGACUUAGCAUUUGUUUAAUGUUUUGCCUUCCUCACUGAAGAGAGACUAUAACUCGAAAAUUGAACUUUUUAAUAUGACCUCCUAGACCAACCUUGAUUUAUACUUAAUUAUUUGUGAGCCAAUUUGUGUUAUCAAUGAAUUUACGAAAAAAAAUAUUUCUAAAACUUUUUCGUAUGGUCUCAAAAUUCACAAUUUGUAAAAAAUUAAAAGUUUUUAUUUGGGUGAAAACACAUAAAAUAGAAUUAUGCAAAGUAUUUUGAAUAGAUAACAAUUUUACAACUUCGUGGCGCCGUGGUUAGCGGCUUCGGCUGCCAAUCCCUAAGUUGCUAUGGGGCGCAGGUUCGAUUCCCGCCUUAUCCUCCUGACCUGAUGGAUGGGGAAGUAAAACGUCGGUCCAUUUUCGUAAAAGAGGUUUUGGGUGACUUACCACACAUAACCUUCGGACGCCUAGAAAUGAGCAGAAACUUAUAACAGAGACCACAAAAGACCGGGGUCGUUAAAGUGGAUUGCUUUUUUAGGAGAAACACUUGAAAUAAAAUUAGAAGAUAGAUUUUUCACAUAUCCAUAUAUUUCUUUUGGAAUCAAUAAUUCAAUAUGACGAUAAAAAGCAAACAGAAAAUAAUAAUUUUAAAAAUUCCUUCAUCAGAGGUGACAUUGAGACUGGGGCUGAGAUUGGGUCAUACAAAAAUGCUGAAAUUUGCAUGACACAAUCUCACCUCCAACCCAAUGUCACCCCUAAUGACAGUAUUACCAGAAAUUUAUAAUUAUAAUCAGAUCAAAUCAGACCGGAUCAGAGGCAAGAAAGAAACAACAAAGUUUACAAAUUAAUGUUUAGUCAAUCUGAGCAGAAGUAUAUAUAAUACGUUUUCAAGAACAUAUAGAUUGUUUUCAAAGCAAUAAUAGGCUAGUACAAAUUAUAUUUAAAGUUUUUUCUCCGGUUAGUUUAUAAAAGGUCCUAAGCGCCAGUAGUAAACAAAGGCGCUUUACGAUCGGUUCUCCGUUAGUUUAGGGCAUCAUGUACAUUUUGACACUUUCUGGGUUAUUGCAUAUUCUGAAAGUACUCCUAAUAAGCUACCUCUUCACCAAAAAUGAGCUAAAGUUACUUCAGUAAAGUCUGUUUAAUAAUGAUUUUAAAUAAAGUAACAUAAACAAAAUCUCUGCCAUCAGCAGUCUCUGUUUAUAUAGCCCUGUCAACCUGUCAAAUAAAAGACUACAUGAACCUCGUGACGAAAAAAAAGCAUCAUGAAAAAAGCGCCAUGUACAUUCGGCGAAGAAAAACGAAUCAUAACAAAGCGUCCUCCUCAAUGACAGCAGGGUGAUAUAGACGUUGGUGAUUUCAAAAGAAGUUAUGUUUGUUUUUCUCAAAUAAAAUUACGGAAAUAAUGUUUUAUUGAAUUGGGUACUAAAAUGAAGCUUAGAUUGCUGAUAUUAUUGUUUACAGCAAUAAAGCUUAUUUUUCUGAGUAAAAUGACCCUUUGUACGACCACAAAGAGUUUAAAAUGGAUUUUUAAAUCAAUUUUGAAAAAAAAUCCUCGCGGUCCUUCUUGACAGAAAAGUUCCUACUUGACAGCUCGUUCCAAGGGGACCAUAGUUGAUCAAUCGAAAAAAUGUUGUCUUGUCAAAAAAAAAAUUGCAUUAAAAUGAAAAAAAGUGAUCAGAAAUGGUUUUUAAGCGUGUUUUUUAUCGUUGUACAUAAAAAUUUACAUAGGGCUUUAGUACCCAAUUUGGAUGAUCAAGUAUCAAUAAAAGUAACGUUUUUCAUCGUUUGUUAUCAUUAUAACAUCUUAUUUUGCUUUUAUAUUAAAAUGGGAAUUAAAAAUGGAUGCUCAACAUUCAAAUGCGUUUUUCUCAAAAAAGGAUGGUAUGUACAUGAUGCUUUUUGAAAUGUUGGCAUCGAAUUAUCAAAUUCAAACAUUUUUUGAAUUGUUCAUCUGUACGUCCUUUUAAUGCUCUUUACUGAAAAACAAAUAAAAUUUGAUUCAUUUCAGAGAAAACAAAAAUCAAAUCAGUGUCGGAUAUCGUGAUGAAAGGUAGACGAAUUGCGAACUAGAGAUUUAUUCAAAUAAUGCUUAGAAUGGUACUACUCAAUUUUGUAUAAGACUGUUAAGUCUAAAACUAGAUUGCUCAGUUUGUCGGAGUUGAUUUAUUUCUUAUUCUUGGUAUAUUAAAUGAGUCGUGUAACUCAACUCCGACAUUCCAAAGCUCUGUCAAAUUCAAAACAAUUUCUUAGAAAGUGACUUGAACUGCGAGUUUUGAAUUCCUGUUUUUUUGUUUGUUUUAAAUUUGAUUGUUUAAAAUGUUUUUCCAAUUCUUACCAACAGUCACGAGACGAGAUCCUGCUCCGGAAAUUAGUGAUAAACAUCCAAAAGAUUCGCCAGCAUUCACCAAAGUGGCAAUCGAUGCCAUCAAGAUCGCCGACGCUGUUGAACCUACUACCGCUGAAGUUUCCCGUGAUGUCCGUAAUGGGGUCGAGAUGGUUCCUCCAAAACAACUCUUGCUGCGAUCUCGGAUGACAAACCAACCGAAACUAAAAUUGAACGCUCAUUAUUUUGAACAAGCUCUGCAUCAACUGCAUGGUGGACAAGCACAGUCUGGCAAGUUGCAAGCAACGUUCCUGCAUAUUCUGCGGAAGAAGACACAACACUCUCCUCCAUCGAAAAGUUCCUGAUCAAGCGAAGAAGCAGUUCAACAGUGCGGCUCGCAGGGAAGUUCCGUCAGCUCAAUCCAGCCGUCCAGAUCAGCAAUCGUCAACUUCCGGUCAAGAUAAACAAGUUCUACCAAGCACAUCAACCUCUUCUGUCCAAACUCUCGUGACGUCUCGAUCUAACCGGUCUCCCACGCGCCAAGUUUUCCUCUCGACUGCACUCGUCAAAGUCGUCGGGCCAAAAGGUAAAACCGCAGUAGCUAGAGUUCUCCUCGACAAUGCUUCUCAACCCAACCUCAUGACGGAGCGCUUCCGUCGCAUCCUGAAUUUGCGGAAAACACCAGUCAGCACGGAGCUGUACGGAGUUGAAGCUGAACGCAAAUCAGUUGCCUACUCGGUGGUCGCCACCGUGUGUUCCCGAUUCAACAAAUACCAAACGGUCCUCGAGUUUCUCGUCCUCCAAAAGGUCACAACCAACCUACCGACCACUUCCGUCGAAACCGACAAUUGGUACAUUCCAAGUCACGUCCAGCUAGCGGAUCCGACUUUUGCGACAUCGAACCCAAUCGACAUGGUCAUCGGUAGCGAAGUAUUCUUCGAACUUCUGCGCAAGGGACGCAUACGCAUCGACGACGACAAGCCAAUGCUCCAGAAUUCCGUAUUCGGUUGGCUCGUCUCCGGCGCGUUUCGUGGUACCAGCGUAUCCAGUCGACUCGUCAGUCACGUUACCACCAUGGAAAGUCUCGAGCAGCAAGUCGCACGGUUUUGGGAAAUCGAAUCUUGCGGAACCAAUUCGAUUUGGUCGCCGGAGGAAAAACUCUGCGAGGAAAUCUACACGACUACUACAAGCAGGGACCAGACUGGUCGUUACGUCGUGGAGCUGCCGAAGCAUUCAGAGCUGAUGAGUCAACUUGGUGACUCUCGCUCUAUUGCUGUCCGACGGUUUUACGCGAUUGAACGCCGCCUGCAACGAGAACCGGAACUGCAACGCCAGUACGACGCUUUCAUGGCCGAGUAUCUGUCUCUUGGCCACAUGAUGCUCGUCGAUCCAGUGGUAGACAUUCCCGGUCAGCACUACUACCUGCCACACCACGCUGUGGUCAGGCCAGACAGCACGACAACGAAGCUCCGUGUUGUGUUCGACGGUUCGUGCAAAACGACAUCCGGAUUCGCCCUCAACGACAUUCUGCUGAAGGGACCCACAAUCCAGGACACUUUGCUGUCGCAGUUGUUCCGUUUUCGCAUGAAGCCGGUCGUCAUCAAAGGUGACAUCGAAAAGAUGUACCACCAGGUGCUGGUAGCAGAAAGCGAUCAAGCGUUCCAGAGGAUUGUCUACCAAAGCUCUCCCACCGAUCCGCUCCAAACCUACCAGCUCAAAACCGUAACUUACGGUACAAAGACGGCACCGUACCUAGCUACGCGAUGCCUCGAGCAGCUCUCGAUCGACGUGGCUGCCAACUAUCCCGCUGCAGCUCCAGUUGUCAAGAGUAGCUUCUACGUCGACGACCUCCUGGCUGGGUUCGACUCGCUCGACGGAGCUAUGGCAGCGACCAAGCAGAUUAUCCCAAUGCUGGCGUCCGCUGGUCUUUCGCUACGGAAAUGGUCAUCUAACCGCCGCCAGAUCCUCGAAGAAAUCCCAGUGGAGUACCGGGAAACCCAAAAACUUUUGGAGCUCGACAAUUCAGCUCCGAUUCAAGCACUCGGACUUCUGUGGGAGCCAAACUCGGAUGAACUUCGCUUCAAGGUGCCGGAGUAGUCGCACGACAAGCCUCCAACCAAGCGGAGUGUCCUCUCACAGACAGCGAGCCUUUUCGAUCCAUACGGACUCCUGGGUCCAGUGAUUGUUAAAGCGAAGAUCUUCAUCCAACACAUUUGGGAGUUGAAGCUGGGCUGGGACGAUCCACUGCCGGACGAGCUCAGCAGUUAUUGGUUAACUUUUGUCCUAACACUGCCAGCGCUUCGCGAGCUGCACGUUCAUCGUUUCGAACUGACGGACAACGCAGCAUUGGUUCAACUUCACGGAUUUUGUGACGCUUCUCUACAAGCGUAUGGAGGGUGCCUUUACCUGCGCUCAACAUCGAGCUACGGCAAAGUUGUAAUCCAGCCGGUUGCUGGCAAGUCUCGCGUUGCACCUCUGGAACGGAAGCGGCCUCUACUUCCUCGGUUAGAGCUUUGCGGAGCUUUCCGUCUCGCCGUGCAGAAGGAAUUCUUGGACAGCACCGGCCUCGAGUGCAGUUUGGAACUACAUUUCGACAGCCGAAAAUCCAGCUGACCACAUCUCGCGUGGUCUUGACGCUCCAGAGCUUCUGCGCUGUGAAGUUUGGUGGCGAUGUCCACGCUGGAUGAUGCAUACUGUCAACGUCUGGCCUGCAUCCAGGCUCAGAUGGAGAGAUCUUCGGAUCAACCAAGCCGAUCUCGAACCCCGUCAGCCACCGCCUGUGCCAGCUUUAGUUGCCAACCCAACGACCCAGCAGAAAGAUUGGUUCCAACACGCUUUCGAGGACUACGAUUCGCUGUUCGAUGUCGUUCGAGUUCUUGGUUUUUGUAGACGAUUUGUUGCGAACGUGAACAACAAACAGCUAGGUAACCCAAAGCAGACAGGAUACCUGACGGUUGCUGAGUUCCGCUCGGCUGAAGCAGCGCUCCUCCGCCACGUUCAAGCUUUGUCAUUUCCGGAAGAACUUCGUCUGAUGUCCAGAGAAGAACAAGUUCCGCGACGUUCGCCCCUGUUCCACCUCGCGCCGUUCCUGGGACCAGACAAGCUGAUCCGUGUUGGUGAUCGACUAACGAACGCAGAGAUUCCGUACGAUCAGAAGCACCCGAUCCUCCUGCCGAAAGGACACCCGGUAACGAACUUAGUGUUCCUCGAUGCUCACACGAAAACUCUCCACGCUGGUCCGUCGCAUCUGCUGGCAGCUGUUCGCCGACGGUACUGGCCAAUCGACGGUCGAAACAAGGCACGCAGCGUCAUCAAGGAGUGCAUCACCUGUGUCCGCUACCGUCCCACUAUCGCCCAGUAGAUGAUGGCCGACCUACCAUCUGUCCGUGUCAACCAAGAAAGAGUUUUCUGCAACGUGGGGAUUGACUACUGCGGUCCGUUCCACAUCAAAGGCAGAAGAAAUCAGCCGCCGAUCAAGUGCUACAUCUGCAUCUUCGUGUGCAUGGCGACCAAAGCUGCACACCUCGAGCUGGUCACAGACCUUACCACGGAAGCCUUCAUCGCAGCGUUGAACCGGUUCUGGGCCAAGCGUGGCUAUCCACAGAACAUCUACUGCGACAACGCCACCAACUUCGUCGGAGCCGAUCGCGAGCUUCAGCGACUCCAGCGGCAGUUCGAGAUACAGCAGCACAAGUCCGCCGUUGUCGAUGUGUCCACUCGACUGGGAAUCCAAUUCCACUUCAUUCCCCCACGAUCACCAUCGUUUGGAGGACUGUGGGAAGCUUGCGUCAAGUCCGCAAAAGCCGUCCUGCUCAAAGUGACGAUGGAUUUACCCUACGAAGAGAUGCUCACAACAGUAGCGCAGGUAGAAGCCUGCCUAAACUCACGCCCUCUAACUCCACUGUCCAACGAUCCAAACGACCUAGUUCCUCUCACUCCUGGCCAUUUCAUAAUUGGCGGUCCCCUCAAAGCUAUCCCAGAACCUGACCUCCAAAACAUCCCAUGCAACCGUCUGUCACGUUGGCAGAGGAUGCAACGAGUCGUUCAAGACUUCUGGUCUCGAUGGCAAAAGGAGUAUCUCCCCACACUCCAAAAACGGUACAAAUGGCCCGGUCCUCAACCAAAUUUGUCGGUUGGAGAUAUGGUCCUCCUCCAGGACGACAACCUGCCACCUUACAAAUGACCAAUUGCUCGCGUCAUUAAGACGAUACCUGGUGCAGACGGGAAGAUCAGAGUUGUGGAUGUCCUCACCGACGAGAACACGUAUCGUCGCGGAAUUCACAGACUUUGCCCUCUGCCCAAAUAUCCGAAAGCCUCCUCCGACAACACAAGCUCACACACAAGUCGUGCCACCUCCGACACUUUAGCGCCACAAUCGAACUGUCCCGCCUCCAGUUCUGCGCCGCAAACGAACUGACUCGUCCCCAGUUCUACGCCACAAGCACGCCGUGACUCCUCCGGCCCUGCUCGCACAUAAGCCACUCAUGUGUUGUAACGGUUGCUGCUCCACAACCUUCCACCUCCUCAAGCAUUCCGCCAAAUGCGGCCAACAACGAACCUUGUUCCUGUACCCUCCGUUCGAAGCCGGAGUGACAUCAGAACGAGAAGAUGACUUCAACGGCUCACUAGGGCUGAGUCGCAACGAGGGAGCGAGGCACAUAUUGCCCCAUCCAAUCAGCGACAUCGUUGAAACUCGACGUUUCAAGGGGGGCGGCAUGUACUUGCGCAGCUCUUCACGACACCUGACGACAACAAAAUGAGCAACGACAAAACUGAAGAAAAACAAACAAACAAAAUUACAUGAAGAAAGUGAAGUGUGAAAUUAAAUGACAUGUAAUUGAACCACCCUAAUCUUAAGCAUACUCACGCACACUAACACAAAACAUAAAUGUACACACCUCUCAUUACAAGUCUUGGCCAAGACACAUCAAACACAACACAACACACUACUACACUCACACCUAGCUCGUAAGAAUGUAAAUAGUAGUUUGUAAGUGUUGUUUUGGAUUGAUAAAUAAACAGGAUUUGAAAACUCAUUGCGCAGUGCAGUCGCAUAUCUUUUUUGCUCCCGCGAACCAAAGUUCCGCGCCAUCGCGAGUCCGCGGGUUUCUUUUGUGCCUCCGAAAAGCCGCCAUCGCUGAGGACUUCGCCGCUAGCCGCUGUCUGCUGGAAUUACGGUAGGAACCGAUCAAGGGAUUCCGGGGCGUCCGGAGACAAAGUUGGAAGCGAGCCACCAGCUCGUACAAUAUCUAUGCAUAUCUUCGCGAGUACUGUAAAAGAGUGAACCAAACUUCCAACUCCUCCGGCAAGAACACCAGUUUUGAGAUUUCGAGAUUUCCUGGCCAUCGUCGCUACAGAUUCGGACCAGAAAAACCUCCAGCAAGGAAGCGCCAGCCGAAACAGUAACCUGAUUCGUGAUCUUCCGCCGAUUCGCUGCCCCGGUCCCCGCGACCAAGGAAAGAUUCGCUGCUCCGGUUUCCGCGACCAAGAAAGAAUUCGCUGCUCCGGUUCCCGCGGCCAAGGAAGGAUUCGCUGCCUCGGUUCCCGCGACCAAGGAAGGCCAGCGUUUGCGAUCGCUCGUGCACUACCCAACAUCUUCGAACGUCUCGGCCAGAUUCGGACCAGAAAGUCCUCCGGCAAGGAAGCGCCAGCCGAAACAACAACCUGAUUCGUGAUCUUCCGGCGAUUCACUGCCCCGGUUUUCGCGACCAAGAAAGGAUUCGCUGCUCCGGUUCCCACGGCCAAGGAAGGAUUCGCUGCCUCAAGAUUGAAUAAAUAAGUUUCAUUGUUUUUGUUUA